GUAUAGGGGAAAAAAAUGUAUAGUGAAAAAUUUUGUAGAGUGCAAAAAAAUACAAAUAUCAUCAUCGCUAAAUAUAUUUGUUAACCUUAGACAACAACAUCAAUAACAACUAUAUCAUGAUACCGAGAAGGUUCUUCUCAUUGAGUAUAACGAGAUUGGCCAAGCCUAAUGGUGCUUCAUCGAGACCAACUAAGAAUACCAAUCCAUUUUUUGAUGGAUCACUUGAUUCUCCCCAGAAAAUAUGGGAUAAAAAAGGACUUAGUAAAGAUGAGUUCUUUAAGAAGAAAUACGGUCAUGUCACUCCUGAACAAAGAGAGAAACUUAAUCAAAAAGUUGAUAGACAAAAGAGAUACAGACAAAUGAAGAGUGACCAUUUGAAACAGCAGAAUAUGGAUAGAUUUGGUGAUGAUUAUAGAUCUAGGGGUCCAUCAGUUGUGACCAGAGAUAGACAAGACUUCAUUUAUAACAAUGGAGGUUCUUCAAGAAAUCGUUCCUUAGGGGAAUACAUAUUUGGUACUCAUGCUGUUAAAUCUGUCUUGACGGCAAAUAAACGUGAAUCAUACACUAAACUUUAUGUUCAUAACUGUAAAGAUCCAGCUAUUAUUAAAUUAGCAGAAUCAUUAGGUAUUAAAAUAGAGAAAGUAUCAAGUAAGAGUGAAUUGAAUCAAUUAACUAGUAAUGGUGUUCAUAAUGGGGUUGUUUUAUGGACCAAAUCUUUACAAAUUCCAGAGAUUUAUUCCUUAGGAGAAGUAACCGAAGAAAAUGGUGAAUAUAGCAUUGUUACACAUCCUGAAGAAGAAGGUGCAGACAAGAUUACUACUGUCAAAACAUCUAAUUCAGCUUCUAGAGAGAAACGACCAUUAGGAAUCUACUUGGAUGCUAUUACAGAUCCUCAAAAUAUGGGUAAUAUCUUAAGAACUGCAUAUUAUUUUGGAGUUGAUUUUAUUGUGACUAGUUCACAAAUUUCUGCCAGAUUAGGAGCCGUGACCAAUAAAGCUUCUGCUGGUGCUUUGGAUUUCCUGGAUAUCUACAAAGUUCAAGAUAGUAUAACCUUCAUUGAUAGAAUCAAAAAGAAUGGAUGGGCUGUUAUAAGUACAUCAUCCAAACCUACUCCUUCUGAACUUGAAACCAUGUCAGCCAAAGAAGUUAAAGUUCAUGACCACUUAUCUACUAAAUUUGUCGAUAUGAAUGAUUUAGGAGGUAUCUGUUCCAAAGUUCCAGUAUUAUUAGUGUUAGGAAGUGAAGGAGAAGGAAUUAGAACAAAUGUCAAGGUAAGAUCAGACUUUUUGGUAUCAAUCGAUAAGGGAAGAACUGAUGAACAAAACAUUGUUGAUUCCUUAAACGUUGCUGUUGCUUCUGGUAUCCUAAUUGGAAAGUGUUUAGAGUAAAAUGGGUUAGAUAAAACUUGUAUAAAGUCAGAUUAGUUGAUAAUUGUAAAUAGUAAAAUACUAAGAAUAUGAUAAGGGUCACACGAUUUUCCGCAUUGGGAAAUUUUCCUAUUACGUCUGUAAUUGUAAAUCAUAGUCUAAAUUCCCUUUAUUCAGUAGCAAUUAACAUUCUAGAUGAUUUAACAACACUCAACCUAUUGUUAAACAUACAAUAGGGGUUAUUAGUAUCAACGUGUGUCCAGUUAACAUCUUGCUGGUAAACUAAAGAUCCAAUCAUCUUCAAAGUGUGAAAAGAUCUUUCCCCUAUUUUUUUUUUGUUUAGAUUUUUAGAUAAGCAGCACACGGGUUACAAACAAUCAGAACAACACCACAAUUUGAAACGUUUGGUGUAUACGAUCACCUGCUUGUUCGGAAAGAUUCUACUUCAUUGAUACCGUUAGUCUGGUUUUAUUAUAAAUACGGUCCUAUCGCCAUUGCCCAACG